ACGGUCUGGCGGUAUUUCGAAGUCUCCUUGAAUCAUGAGUGGGAUAUACCUGUCCGGCAAAGGAUUGAUGCCGCGCCCCCUGUACCACCACGCCCUAAACAUCAACCACUAAUCAGACGCCCUGUGUGACCAAAGCGCGUAGAACACGUAGUUGCAGAAGUCAAAUCGUCGUUAGCUACGGACCACUGCAGAAGUAUCUGCAAAUCCCCCUCAAUCGUACUGAGAGCAGACUCGCUCAACAUGUUACUAUUUUACGAAGAUGAACCCAACUCGAUUGAAAAUGUGCAGCCAUCAUUCAAGACGAUACACAACGCUUCAACACCAGCCAUCAAUCCACUACCGCAAUAUGGCUCCCACGCUUUCAUCCCAUACCUACCUACCACCAUACCAGACGAUGCCUCGACAGAAGACUCCAAAGCUGGUAGUACAUCCCCAUCACGCCUAAAAGUACUUAGCCCUUCUUCAUGGACAUAUUGCGGUCCCCUCCUCCACGCAAGUACCACAUCCCUCCCACCGUCAUUCCACACCUGGGCAGCCCUUACACUGUCUUCUCCCGCCAUUUUGAUAUCCCAACUCCUCCCUCUCCUCUCGUGGCUACAGACUUUCCUCUCAGAAGCGAGGAUUCACAAUUACUGGUUGACUAUCCGUUGCACCGCGCCAACCCACGAAUACGAUACACCACGCUGGCACACAGAUGAGAACUUUUUCACCUACGAUGCUGAAGCACCUGGUUUGGGUUUUGCUCAGACUAGUGAGCAAAGGCUAUGGAAGCUCUGUUCCACACUUCUCGGACCAAGCACUCUGUUCACAAAACGUAAUGAGAUGGCUCUGAAAGUGCUAGGGGAGACCAAGAAGAGGGAGAAAGAGAAGGUGGGCAGCCAUACUUGUACAUCGAUGCGUUGCGUAGGCUGUUCUUCGUAUGCAGACUCCGUACGACAGUCGCUGGCACAUUCUCUGCAAGAUGUGGAACAUGAGACCCCGGCUUCUAGAGAAGUGGCGUUUUUCAGGAUAGGCGGGGAAGAAGGCGCAGUGCAUUCGGAACCCCGCUGCGAUACCGACCGCAUAUUCAUCAAUGUAAUUCCAGGUACGGAGGGAGAUCUGCGGAGCUUGAUGGCUAAAUGGGGCAUCGGAUUCCCACGUGCGUGGUGUUUCGGUUCGCCUGUUGGCUUUGUGAAGAGUGACGAGGCGGAGACGUUUGGGACGAGAAGUUGACUUAGUCUUAACGACGGGUAGAGGUUCACAUGGCUCAUCAAGGAAUAUAGAUCAGAUAUAUGCAACGCGUAUGAUUGAUUCAUUGGCAAGGGGAAUACUACCACGCUAAGCUG